AUCGCAAAAAGAAGGAAGUAGCUACUUCUUCACCUUUAAAUAAUCAUAAUGAUCCUUUAGAUAGUGCUGCUAACUCAAAAAGCAAAAAAUCAAAAAAAUUACAUACUGCUAGUAAUGAAAAAAAUGAUGUAUCUGUUACUUCACGUACAAAAAAGCAAGAUACAGUUACUUCAGUUGUUAAUUAUCAAACUAUCGAUAAUCUUUUAAAUAGUUUCAACGAUAGUAUUGAAACAAAUCAUGAUGAAAGUGAUGUAGAUUAUAAUAACGACAUUGUAGAGACAGAAUCAUCUCAAUCUCAUAUUAGAUCAAGUGUUAUUAUUUUAGAUGAUUUUAAUAAUAUAUUAAUCUCUACACCUUUAAGACCUUCAGUAACAAGAGCUAUAAGUAUUCAUUGUGAUGAUUUUAUUUCUUCACAUGAAGCUGCAUCUCGACCUCCAAUAUUUGCAUUUUCAAAAUAUUCUACACAAUGA